AGCACCUUGGACUGGUGUGCUCAGCAGUUUGGUGGCAAGCUGGAUGUCUUGAACUACAAUGCAGCUCGUGUCGCCCCCUCGCACAUCACUAAAGUCACUCCGGAGGAGCUGAAUCUCGACCUCCAAGUCUCUGCAGUGGGUACCCUUGUCGCAGGCCAAUGGUUCACCCGCAACGCCAACACCGACAAUAUCUCCAAGGGUGAGUGGCCGCUAUUCUUGGUCACCGGUGGCACGCUCGACAGAGAGCCGCAGAUUGCCUGCUCUUCAUUGUGUGCUGCCAAGGCCGCAUCACAAAGUCUCAGCCGUCUCUUUGCCCAGGCGCUUCCGCAGGAGGCUCAGAUUGUGGUCGGCAUGCCACUGAGCCGCGCAAGCAUUGUUGACCCGGAAACUGGUGGCUACACCGAGGGCUACCAUCCCGAUACUAUCAUCCAAACGGUGUUUAAGCCAUUCUUUGAGGACCGCGAGAAGCUACAGGGUGGAGUGGACAACUGGACCGUGGAGCGUGUUAUUUAA